GUCUGAGGAGAAAAAGAUGGUUUUGUGCCGUUUCUCACCUUCGCGCUGCGGUCGGCGGCGCUCUGCUGCUCCGCGGUGUGUUUCUGCACAGUUUUACCGCAGUGAGCCAGUUCCCUGUGAGCAGGUGGCGUCGUGGUUGGAGCCGUCGCCUUCUCCUUCCCCUCUCGCUGUAGUACUGCUGGGCAAGGCACUUACAUUUCAAUUCCUGCAGUAAUCAUGUGUAUAUUAAUCCAGGACCAAGUUAAACAACACAUGGAUAGAAGAGGAAGUGAAAAAAAGCUCACCGAGAAGUGUAAUACAGGACAGGAAAUUGGAGAAGAUCAUUACUGCAGAAUCAGGACCUAAACUGAUGUCACUGGCACUUCAGGUCCCCCCCAUGUGAAUCAGGCUCUUUUGAGAAUACUAUGAAUCCUUACUCUGAGAUGUCAGCAGUCAUGGAUAUGUGUGUAAAAACUGAGCCUGAUGAUCACGACAUUUCCCACCCCAAGAAUUUUACUGAAGGACAGGGCUUCAGUGCUGAAGAGGUGGGCUCAGGGCUGCAUCUGGAUACUGACAAAAUUAAAACAGAGGUUGUAAUGGUCAGCAUAAAAGAGGACAGUGCUGAUGAACAGCUGUGCAGCAACACUGGCGUGUUCUGCGUUGCCUCUGAUGAUUCAAGCUCCUCUACUUGCCUUUCACUUAUACAGUGUAAAUCAGAGACAGGGGAACUGACGGUACAGCAAAAUUCUCAGUUACAGGAAUCUUCUUGUAUGGAAAAGGAAAUUAACGAAGCUGUUCAUUAUGGCACAAAGGAAGAAUAUGCAGAUGUACUGGUGCAUGAAUUAAAUACUUGUCCUUUAUCUGAACAGUAUAAAUCAGAAACAGAUGAAGUUAAGUUAGGAGACAGAUUUUUAGAGAAUAACUCUGUGAAGGUGCAGCACAGUGCAGUUAUUGCAGGAGGUGACAUUCUUCCAAGUGGUGCUUUAGAACAAUCUGUGGUACCUGUUACUGAUUCUACAACUGACAAGGCCCGUAGUCAACCAAGCCAUGAUGAGGUUGCCCAUAAAGCUCACAAAUGCCAAUGCGAUCCGUGCAAAAAAGUGUUAGAAAAUCAGUCACACCUGAAAAUACAUUUGCAGAUUCAAUCAGGUGACAAAUACUGUUGCAUGAAGUGCGGAACAAAUUUUUCUCGAUCUAGUUUCUUAAAACAGCACCUGCGCAUUUUUUCUGGUUCAAAACCACAUAAAUGCAGUGAAUGUGGUAAAGGUUUUUCUCAACCAAGUGAAUUAAAACAGCACCAGCUUAUUCAUUCUGCAGAGAAACCGUACAAAUGUAGUGAAUGUGGAAAAAGUUACUCCCAAGGAAGUACUUUAAAACAACACCAGCGUGUUCAUUCUGGUGCAAAACCCUAUAAAUGUAGCGAAUGUGGAAGAAGUUUUUUUCACGGAAAUACUUUAAAACGACACCAGCUUGUUCAUUCUGGUGAGAAACCAUAUCAGUGUAAUGAAUGUGGUAGAAAUUUCUCUCGAGCGUGUACUUUAAAAGAGCACCAGCGUGUGCAUUCUGGUGAGAAACCGUAUAAAUGCAGUGAUUGUGGGAAGUGUUUUUCCAGAGGAGAUUACUUAAAACUCCACCAGCGUGUUCAUUCUCAUGAGAAACCCCAUAUAUGUAGUGAAUGUGGGAAAAGUUUUUCCCGUGGAAGCACUUUAAAACAGCAUCAGCUUGUUCAUUCUGGUGAAAAACCAUAUAAGUGUUGCGAAUGCGGCAAGAGUUUUUCCAGAGGAGGUACCUUAAAACAGCACCAGCGUGUUCAUUCUGGUGUGAAAUCAUAUCCAUUUAGUGAAUGACAAGAGUUUCCACUCUUGAGGCAGUGUAAAAUACCAUGAGUAAGCACAAUGACACACUGAAGGAUUUCAUCUGUUUAAAAACAUGAAUACUGUAAAGUGACCAGUAAAUUUAAGUUGAUGAAAUAAAGUUUUAGUUAAUUUGAAGUCAAAUGCUGACUGUGAUAAAGUAUAUGAUAUUCUGUACUUACAUAGUUCUCCUAGGUCACCCCUGGAAUCCAGAUGUUGGUCUUGGGUCAAUGUCCAGUCUGACUCAGUGCUCUUCAUCAGAAUCUUGAACUCAAACAAAACCAACUCCAAACUGACCAUAACUACCGUUGCUUAGUAAUGAUCAUCUGGAGCGAAGAGACUCAUGAUCAUUUUCCAUAAAUGUACAGGUGGAUAAUUUGGUAGUGAUUAUUUUCCAGGGGUUUUAUGGCGUUGUUUCAGUAGGUCAAGGAGCAGUUUGUUAGGCAUUUAAUGUGUCAAAACCUGAAUCUACUAAAGUCAUUUCCUUUUAGAUGUUUUCCUGUGUUGCGUAAAAACCUUAAAUUUCAGACCGGAGAGUACAUCCUUGUUGAAGAUAAUCUGCUUCUUAGACCAUCCUCGUGUCAAGUACUUCACUGUUACCAGUCACCUUUGUUGUAAAUUGCACCAAUAAAACCCAAGUU